AUGUUCGCCGCUCGCAGCUCUUUCAACCUCUUCCAGAAGCGCGCCUUCUCGGCCUCCGCUCGUCAGGCCUCCAAGGUCACCGUUCUCGGUGCCGGUGGUGGCAUUGGCCAGCCUCUGUCCCUCCUGCUCAAGCUGAACCCCCGUGUCACUGAGCUCUCCCUCUAUGAUAUCCGUGGUGGCCCUGGUGUCGCUGCUGAUCUGAGCCACAUCAACACCAACAGCACCGUCUCUGGCUUCGACCCCACCCCCACCGGCCUGCGCGAUGCUCUCAAGGGCUCUGAGAUCGUCCUCAUCCCCGCUGGUGUCCCUCGCAAGCCCGGCAUGACCCGUGACGACCUCUUCAACACCAACGCCUCCAUCGUCCGCGACCUGGCCAAGGCCGCCGCUGAGGCUUCCCCUGAGGCCAACAUCCUGGUCAUCUCCAACCCCGUCAACUCGACCGUCCCCAUCGUCUCCGAGGUCUUCAAGGCCCGUGGCGUCUACAACCCCCAGCGUCUGUUCGGUGUCACCACCCUGGACGUUGUCCGUGCCUCGCGCUUCAUCUCCCAGGUCCAGAAGACCAACCCCGCCAACGAGGCCGUCCCCGUUGUCGGCGGUCACUCCGGUGUGACCAUCGUUCCCCUGCUGUCGCAGUCCAACCACGCCAGCAUUGAGGGCGAGACCCGCGACCAGCUCGUCAACCGCAUCCAGUUCGGCGGUGACGAGGUCGUCAAGGCCAAGGACGGUGCCGGUUCCGCCACCCUCUCCAUGGCCAUGGCCGGUGCCCGCUUCGCCGAGUCCCUCCUCCGCGCCGCCCAGGGCGAGAAGGGUGUCAUCGAGCCCACCUUCGUCGACAGCCCCCUGUACAAGGACCAGGGCGUUGACUUCUUCGCCUCCCGCGUCGAGCUCGGCCCCAACGGUGCCGAGAAGAUCCUCCCCGUCGGCCAGAUCAACGCCUACGAGGAGAAGCUCCUCGAGGCCUGCCUGGGUGACCUCAAGAAGAACAUCCAGAAGGGUGUCGACUUCGUCAAGGCCAACCCUUAAAUCAUUUAAUUGAUUUUUGGCUUUGACUCUGCAGCUUUCCUUCCUCCCUGUAUAACAAUCUGUGUCUAUAUCUCCCUCUACCUUCUCCCUUUCCAUUUGUAUUCCAUACGUGACAUGUAUUGGUUUGACCUCGGAGGAAAUGCAGCUGCAGUGAUCUGAACAUGUGGAGGUGGGACCUGUAUUUUCCUCGGCAG